CUAGGAAGCUUCAAUAUAGCUGUGGAAGUCUGGACUCUACAAGAGCCUACUAGAGACAUUCUACAACCUACCACAAUCAUGGAACAGCCAACUUCAAGCACCAGUGGGGAGAAGAUGAAGGGCCCCUGUGAAUCCAACAACAACAAAAAUGAUGAGAUGCAGGAGGCACCAAACAGAGUCUUAGCCCCUGAACAGAGUUUGAAAAAGACAAAAACACCAGAAUAUCCAAUAAUAUUUGUGUAUUACCACAAGAAGGGUAAGAAAAUAAGUUCAAGUCAACUGGAGAAUGACCAGUCCCAAGAGAACUCCAUCAAUCCAAUCCAAAAGGGGGAGGAUGAAGGCGUAGACUUAUCUGAAGGAUCUUCAAAGCAGGAUGAAGACUUAGACUCAUCUGAAGGACCUUCAAAAGAGGACAAAGACCUAGACUCCUCUGAAGGAUCCUCACAGGAGGAUGAAGACCUAGGCUUAUUUGAAGGAUCUUCACAGGACAGUGGGGAGGAUUAGUCACACAUGGAGAAACCAAAUUGCACAAAUCAUCACUACUGAUGGCGAUGAUUACAAUAAAAUCAAGUUUGAGGAGUUGA